AUGAUCAAAUUACUAAGAAGGUUUUCCAUUCAACCGAUUUUUGUUUUCGACGGUGCAAAGUUCCCUGCAAAACGCCACACGGAUGAACAGAGAGCCCUUAUACGGCAGACCAAACUAAAAGAAGGAAAAGAGCUUGCCUCUCAGGGCGACAUUAAAAAAGCUACUGGCAUUUUCACGCAGACAAUAUCCAUUUCAAAAGCGAUGAUGGAGGAAGUUCUCCAUCUCUGCAUUCGUCUACAAAUUCCGUAUAUUAUUUCCCCAUAUGAAUCGGAUGCGGAACUUGCCUUUCUAAGCCGCACUGGAAUCGUAGACGCCGUAAUGAGUGAUGAUUCAGAUUCUCUUUGUUUUCGUUGUCCCUGCGUUCUUUACAAACUAACUGACACGGGGAUAUGCAAAGAAGUUUGCUUAGAAAAACUACUCCACUCAGACGAGUUCACUUCCUUUCCAUGGACUUGCGACUUGUUCGAGUUUCUUUGCAUUCUCAGCGGAUGCGAUUACUUGGACAAUCUCCCUUAUAUCCGCUUGAAAACCGCGAAAAAAUACAUUCAGCUUUGUGGAUCGGAGGAAAACGUAUUCCCCUAUGUAGCGAAGCUCCCCGUUCAUCAAUACUCAUCGAACUAUCAAUCGAAUUUGAAUCGAACUCGGCUUUCGUUUCGCCAUCAAAUCGUUUUUGAUCCGAUAGCGAAGUGUCGGAGGUUUUUAACGCCGUUUGGCGACAUGAAAACGAAUUUGAGUCCUUCCGAAAUGGAGGAGGCGUGCGGAAAACUGGAAGGAAAGUGGGAUGCGAAGGAUUUGGCGCGCGGAUUUGAAAGCGAGGCGUGGGGAGAAGGGAUUUUGGAUCGGUCGACGGAUGUGAGCUAUUUGGAUGCGUUUUUUGGCGAUUUGAAACGAGUGGAAGUGUGGAAAGAGUGCCGAAUUGAGAUAGAAAUGGAGAAUAAAGGAGAAAAGGAAAAGGAGAAGGAGAGAAAAACGAUGAAAAGAGAAAUCGAAAUGGAAACAGGAAAUGCAGGAAUUGAUAAGAGGAGGAAAGUGGAAAAGGGAGAAUUGAGUUGCGUGUCGGAUGAGGAUUUGCAGUUUAUGGACGACGCGUUUUGGAAGGAAGUGGAGCAAAUUGAGCAGAGUGUUUGGGAUUGUUUGUUGAUGGAACAAACAGAGAAAGAAUGUGAUUGA